GACAUAUCGUGACAGAAUUGCAGAAUCAACUUCCGGUUAAAAAAAGUGUUGGUAUCGCGCCAUCAAAAUAUUAAAAAUGGAAAACUUGUUUUAUUCCCCCUAACAGUAAGAAAAGUGAGGUGUCACAAUGACUCUGGCAGCGGAAGACUGCAUGUGCCCAAUAUGCAUGUGUAUAUUGGUGGAGCCCGUCACGAUGCCAUGCAAGCACACCCUGUGCUACCCCUGCUUCAAGCAGAAUGUGGAGGAAGCUAGCCUGGCAUGUCCCAUGUGUCGAGUCCGAAUCGCCGUGUGGGCCAGAAGGGGAGCUAAGAAUGGCACCUUGGUGAACAAGAAGCUCUGGAAUCAAAUUCAGCAGCUGUUUCCAGAGAAAGUGGAAAAACGACAGAAAGGGCUGGAUGACAGCAUUGAUGAACCUGUGUUCCAGCCUCUGAUAAAUAUUGCUGAGCCGGGGGAAAUACGGAGAGAGUAUGAGGAACAGAUGAAAAGGCUCGAGGCCCAGAGAGAGGAAGAGAGGAAAAAAGAACAAGAAGCGAGUGAGGCCCUGAUAAGGCAGCUAGAGGAAGAGGAGGAGGCCAGGAGGAGGGAACUAGAAACCAGGGACAGGGAACUAGCUAAGGAGAUCAGUGAAGAGGUCAACCAGAGUAUCAAUGGUGAUGAUUCUGUUACGCUUGCUGGAGACGAUGCAGCACAUCGACAGACCCGCAGUACGUCCAGUACAUCUUCCUGUAGUGCCUCUAGUAGCAGACCCCCAUCAACCAUUGAUUCCCUGCUCCGAAAAAUGAGAGAAGCAGAAAAGCUGAAAGCAGCAGAUGCAGCCAACAGAAAAGCGUCUUCACCGUACCCUUACAAGUGUUAUAGUCCUACAGAGAAGGCUUCUAAACAGAAGAAAGGGAAGGAAAGUGAUGGUGCCUCUCCAUUCCUUUAUAAAUGUAACGAUUCCAGUGAAAAGUUGACCCAGGGGAGAGACAUGGUUUCCAGGAACUUGUCGUCUGCUGGACUUUCCUCAAGAAGCUGCACCAGCACCAGUGAAAUAGGAAAUGCUGAGGAUGAUGAUGACGAUGAAGAUCUUCCAUCAAAAUAUGUCUCUCUUGGUCUUCCAUCACUGGAGACUGCCAUAGAAAAUAUAAGUGAUCGCUCUGAUGGGGAAAUAUUUGACAAAGACUCUGUUGAGGUGAUAGAGAGAUGUCGGAGUUCUGAGAGUACGGACAGCAUUAGUCAGGAGAUCAGUCACUUUCGACCAAUCAGAGUUUGUCCUCUCACCCCGCCACGUAAACUUCCCAGCGGAAAGGUUGUCGAGGCACCACUUAUCCGUACCACGCCAAGAAACUUAAGUAAAACUGACUUUGGAUCACCAGUCCGGACUCUCUCUGAUCUGGAUGCUUCCAGUCCAAUCAUGCAGAGAAGGUUAUCCGAGUUGGAGGAAGAGCGGAAGACCAACGUCAAUAAGUUGUCCAAGUCUACAAGCACGGAGACUAAAAAAGACACCAAGAAAUCCAAGGUGGUGACCUUGACGCGUGAUCAUGAUUACAGUGGGACUGAUAAUCGUAGUGGUGAUCAUGAUUACUCAGCCAUGGUGAUUGAUCUAGAGGCAGACAAUGCGGAAGAUUCUUCUCUGAAUGAGAGCAAGGAAGAUUCCAGAAGUGUGGAAGAGAAAUCCAAUACAAACAAAUACAAACUGAAAAAGCUUGUCAUUCCAUUGGAACCUACAUUUAAUGAUGAUGACUUUGACAUUCCACCCAUGAAGGAAAACAAUCCGCAAAGAAUAAAUAGUGAGACAAUCACGACAGCGGGAAAACAAUCACCGAUUCUAACAAAGAGUAAAAGUGAACAGGACACUAGUGUGCGGCAGAAAAAGGUGCAGAAAUUAUCUGGGAAAGCAAGAGUGGCAUUAAAAAGCCCUCAGCGGACUAUUACAGACUGGAUUAAACAAUCCGCGGAGUGUAGCGGACAGAACAAUUAUCACUUGGAGCCCAGUGGUAGGGACGAUGUGGAUGGGGAACCAGUUCGUAAAGUUACGCAAGGACAAUCAGACAGUGUGACAGCAUUAGGGGACGGCCCACGAAGAAAGGCGAAACAAAACAAAAAGGUCAAGACAUAUCCAAAACGGGAGAGAAAACCGUACAACCCAGACCCCAUGUGGACGUUUGUGAGUGCAGUGCACAAGAGACAACACUUGGACUUGGAUGAAAGUUCAAAGGACAGUAGUGUUUGUAGUGGUUUGUUGGAUGAGCAGAAUGUAGGGACAAGAGAUGCCCCUAAACCGCAUUCAAAGAAAAGGACAGCUACAUCUGUUAACGAUGAAAAACCUAAGAAAAGAAGGAAAGUCACAGAGAAGUCAACGGUUAGAUCCAAACUGAAGCAGACAACAUCUAAAGCCAAACUUAAGUCAGUCCAGCAUUCGCAGGCCAAAAAUCCCAUCCUCAACUUCUGCUCGCAAUCAAACUUAAAACGGGUGAAGGAUGCCAUUAAAAAUAACCAAUUAUUGGAUGAAGAGGCCGAUUUCAGAGUGAGUGGUGGGGAGAGAUUGGACAGGGAAACACAGGAAAUGAUGGACAGAAAACUAGCAGAAGAACUUGCGAAGCAGUACGAAAUGGAGGUGAAAACUGGUUUUCAGUUUUUCAAGCUGAAGGGGACCUCAGAGGAAUACAACUUUCGACGGAAACCGAAGCUCUCCAUCUGAUCAUUUCACCCUGAAAAAGAUGAACUGUGCAAUUACACAGUCUGAUUUAUUUGACUGUUAUGAUGGCCAUAUCAGGUCAAAAAAA